AUGCAGGCUGCAUCACUGGUCUGUUAUUGCCUGCUUGUCUCUCUGUGCGUCGAUUUGUCCCGAAAUGAACCUGGUGCACAUCUCAGGAGGCAAAGGAGAAGAAUGCGCUACCGAGGAUUGAGAAACGGCUCCUCAGCCGGGCACAGGUCCCCAAGGCAGCCAAGGACACAGCUUCCAGUUCCUGUUGCUGCAGCGCCCAGCAUUCCUUUAAUUAAUAUUGACGACGGCGUUAUGGGAGUAUUUGACUCUCUCAUAGGUUUGGGUGGCCAUGAAUCCAGUUACAAUGUCUUACCAGAAAAGAAGGGGCACUGCAGAGUCAAUGAGAUGAUCAUGUACGAUAAAGCCGUCUGGUCUCCCGAGCCCUGCGUUACCUGUCUCUGCUCCAGAGGAGAGGUGAUAUGUGAUACAGCAACGUGCCACCCUCUGCAAUGUCCCCAGCCCGUUACCCCUGCAGGAGAAUGCUGCCCAGUUUGUUCUGAUCCCGCCCUGUCUUUGGAUUCAGGUGUUACUUCACUGGAUGACACAAGCGAGCUGUCUGGUGAUUCUCCAGAGCCCAAUGACCUUGACAACAGUGAUUUAUUGCCAUCAUCAGCACGUACUCAAACUGGAAGAGAUGAACCGCUUACAACAGAAGUGGUGGAGUUUAACGAGAAAGAGGGUGGUAAAAAGGAUGAAAAGAAAAGAAAAAGGCAAGGCAAAAAACAUCGACAGAAGCAUAAAGGCUACCACAGAGGAAAGAAGCCCACCACGAGAACGGGCGUUGCAGAAGAAAUACACCAGGAAAGCGAUGAAGACGACGGUGCUUUCAGAAUGCCAUCUCAUUUCCCAAUUCCUGGUCCACCCAUAGAAGCUCCUCCUUUGCCAUCUGGGUGCUCCACCUCAGACACCACAGUAAGCUGUAUUAAUGCCAAACUCACACAAAUACCCCCGAUCUCAGAUCCAGAUCUAACGAGUCUAGACCUUACAGGAAACGGUAUCACUACUAUCUCUGAUGAAGCAUUCAACGGGAUACCUAAUUUGGAGUGGAUUGAUCUGAGCAAAAAUAACAUCACCUCUCCGGGCAUAGGUCCACAAGCGUUCAAAGUCCUGAAAAAGCUAAAGCGUUUGUAUUUGGAUGGAAACAUGCUGGUACAUAUUCCCUCUGAAUUGCCAUCAACUUUGGAAGAAAUAAAAAUAAAUGACAACCACCUUCAUGCCAUUGAUGAAGACGGCUUACAAGGUUUAAAGAACUUGGUCACCUUGGAAUUAGAAGGAAACACACUUAGUGAAGCAAAUGUCAGCCCUCUGGCCUUUUAUCCUUUGAAAAGUCUCUCUUAUUUGCGACUGGGAAGAAAUAAGUUUAGAAUUAUCCCACAGGGGCUUCCUGCCACUCUUGAGGAGUUAUACCUUGAAAAUAAUCACAUUGAAGAAGUGUCAGAAAUUUGCUUUAACCACACCAGAAACAUCAAUGUCAUUGUGCUCAAGCAUAACAAAUUAGAAGAGCACAGAAUAGCACCCUUGGCUUGGAUAAACCAAGAGAACUUGGAGUCAAUCGAUCUCUCUUACAAUAAAUUAUACCACGUUCCCUCCUAUCUGCCAAAAUCUUUACAACAUCUGGUACUCAUAGGAAAUCAGAUUGAAAGGAUUCCAGGAUACGUCUUUGGUCACCUGAAGCCAGGCCUGGAAUACCUCUACCUGUCCUUUAACAAACUUACUGACGACGGGAUAGACCCCGUAUCCUUUUUUGGUGCAUAUCACUCCUUGAGAGAGCUGUUCUUGGAUCACAAUGAAUUAAAGUCUGUACCGUUUGGAAUUGAUGAAAUGAGAAAAUUACAUUUUCUAAGGCUGAACAAUAAUAAGAUAAG